AUGGCGUGUGCAUGGCGUAUACGCCGUGUACACACGGGCGUCGUGUGCGUGUCACACGCCGUGUACACACGGGCGUCGUGUGCGUGUCACACGCCGUGUACACACGGGCGUCGUGUGCGUGUCACACGCCGUGUACACACGGGCGUCGUGUGCGUGUCACACGCCGUGUACACACGGGCGUCGUGUGCGUGUCACACGCCGUGUACACACGGGCGUCGUGUGCGUGUCACACGCCGUGUACACACGGGCGUCGUGUGCGUGUCACACGCCGUGUACACACGGGCGUCGUGUGCGUGUCACACGCCGUGUACACACGGGCGUCGUGUGCGUGUCACACGCCGUGUACACACGGGCGUCGUGUGCGUGUCACACGCCGUGUACACACGGGCGUCGUGUGCGUGUCACACGCCGUGUACACACGGGCGUCGUGUGCGUGUCACACGCCGUGUACACACGGGCGUCGUGUGCGUGUCACACGCCGUGUACACACGGGCGUCGUGUGCGUGUCACACGCCGUGUACACACGGGCGUCGUGUGCGUGUCACACGCCGUGUACACACGGGCGUCGUGUGCGUGUCACACGCCGUGUACACACGGGCGUCGUGUGCGUGUCACACGCCGUGUACACACGGGCGUCGUGUGCGUGUCACACGCCGUGUACACACGGGCGUCGUGUGCGUGUCACACGCCGUGUACACACGGGCGUCGUGUGCGUGUCACACGCCGUGUACACACGGGCGUCGUGUGCGUGUCACACGCCGUGUACACACGGGCGUCGUGUGCGUGUCACACGCCGUGUACACACGGGCGUCGUGUGCGUGUCACACGCCGUGUACACACGGGCGUCGUGUGCGUGUCACACGCCGUGUACACACGGGCGUCGUGUGCGUGUCACACGCCGUGUACACACGGGCGUCGUGUGCGUGUCACACGCCGUGUACACACGGGCGUCGUGUGCGUGUCACACGCCGUGUACACACGGGCGUCGUGUGCGUGUCACACGCCGUGUACACACGGGCGUCGUGUGCGUGUCACACGCCGUGUACACACGGGCGUCGUGUGCGUGUCACACGCCGUGUACACACGGGCGUCGUGUGCGUGUCACACGCCGUGUACACACGGGCGUCGUGUGCGUGUCACACGCCGUGUACACACGGGCGUCGUGUGCGUGUCACACGCCGUGUACACACGGGCGUCGUGUGCGUGUCACACGCCGUGUACACACGGGCGUCGUGUGCGUGUCACACGCCGUGUACACACGGGCGUCGUGUGCGUGUCACACGCCGUGUACACACGGGCGUCGUGUGCGUGUCACACGCCGUGUANGCUCUUGACUCUUGCAUGCCUCGCCACAAAGAGCAAGAGUAUGAAUAA